CCUUCAUCACGUCCGGUGAUCACAUCACGUGGCUGCUAUUUGGCAACGCUGAUCGACAGUUAUGUUGACGUAUGACGUCACCACCCAUUGACAUUUCUCAUUCCCAUAUAAAAAUAUCUAUUUUCCCAUUUUCAAACACCCGGUUCACAUAAUUGGAGAUAUUUCAAAAAAUACCCGUGUGAAAUAGCAAAAAUCUCAGUUAAAAAUGACUACUGCAGAGGAAAAUUUGAUUCAGGUCACACGAGCGAUAGAAAAACAAGUCGAUUCAGUUUUAGAACAGUUGGAUAACUUGAAAACAGAAGAUUUAGCUCAAAUACGACAGAGCCGAAUAAAAGAACUGCAGAAGCAAGAAGAACAGAAGAAGGUGUGGUUGAGCAAUGAUCAUGGCAAAUAUGAAGAACUCGCAGAGGAAAAAAUGUUUUUUGAUGUCAUCAAAAAUUCUGAAAAUGUUGUGUUGCACUUUUACACCGAGUCUAAUGAGAGGUGCAAGAUACUAGAUAAACAUUUGAAGCUGCUGGCUCCCAAGCACAUAGAAACACGUUUUGCUAAGCUAAAUGCAGAGAAAUGCCCGUUCCUAACUGAAAAACUCAAAAUUAAAGUUAUACCAACAUUGGUGUUGAUCCACAAUGGCAUCAUGGUAGAUAAAAUUAUUGGAUUUACUCAGCUAGGUAACAGAGAUGACUUUUCCACUGAAACUUUAGAAUGGAGAAUAGCUCAGAAUGAGAUAAUCAACUACGAAGGUGAUUUGAGUACCCCACCUGAUGAGAGAGAGCAUGUCAAGCAAAAAUCAGGGAAAAAAAUUAGAGAAGGAAUUUUUAACAGCACAGAAGAUGACGAUCUAGAUAUAGAAGAGUACGCCAUUAAAAGAGACAAUGUUCCAUCUGGACAAAAAGAAAAUUUUGGAGAACUAACUGCUGAAGAGAAAGCAGAGCUUGGACUUGAUUAGAUUUAGCUAAAAAUGUGACAUUGCCAUUUUUGAUUAUAUUGAUGUUAUCUCCUACUGAAUUAUUUUGAUAUGUAUUUCAGUAUUAAUUAUCCAUCACACCUUUUUAAAGUGGCUUUAUUGCAAAAAAAUGGUUUUUAUUAUGGUAUGUUACCUAUGUUAUGAUUUUGACUAUAGGUAUUUGUAAGUCAUUUUUGGAUUACUCAACUAUGUUAUAGCACUGACUUUUCAUGAUAAGUGCUUAUAACAGCCAUAUAUACCUUCUUUGCACAUCUGAGAAUUAAAAACUACAACUUUCUUAUAGAAAUAUCAAGGUAUUUUAUCAGCCAAAAUUUGAAGUACCUAUAAUUAUUGUCCUCUCUAUCAUCUACAAUAUGUUUUUAGCUUCACGUGAGAUUAUAUGGUAGUUUUAUUGUGAACUUUGAUAUAAUGUUUUUUCAAUACUGCUAGAUAUGAGUGCGCCCUAGAAAGAGUAAUUGAAUUAAAAAUUUUUUGUUCUGUAAAAUUUAAUUCCAUUGUUGCACUAAUACUUUUUUCUAUUACUAUAUAUUUCUUACACAAUAAAUAUUUUUUAUACAUCUGAUUGUCAGCUCUUUUUGUAACAUAUGUAUAAACCGUGUGGUAUUUUACCAAACCUGUUCAACCACCUAGAAAAACUUGUGUGGGAUGCUACAUAUUAUUAUGACAUGCUGAUUUGAAAGUAAUUUGAUGACCAAGAGUAUGUAGGAAUGAGAUUA